GCCAGUUAUUUCCGACCACACCGGCUCAAAAAUCCCUCCGCUUGCCCGUCGUUUCUUUCGGUUUUCGUGGUCUUCGUUUGUCGACAUGUCCGGCCGUGGCAAGGGAGGCAAGGGGCUCGGCAAGGGUGGUGCGAAGCGGCACCGCAAGGUCCUCCGCGACAAUAUCCAGGGGAUCACGAAGCCGGCGAUCCGCCGUCUCGCCCGCCGCGGCGGCGUUAAGCGCAUUAGCGGACUCAUCUACGAGGAAACCCGCGGCGUGCUCAAGAUCUUCCUCGAGAAUGUCAUACGCGACGCCGUCACCUAUACUGAGCACGCCCGCCGCAAGACUGUUACCGCCAUGGACGUUGUCUACUCACUCAAGCGCCAGGGCCGCACCCUCUAUGGCUUCGGCGGCUGAUCCCUCUUCUCCUGACUGCUUACCAAACUCUAGGGUUAUGUUUUUCCCAAGUCUGUAAAAAAAGUCAUUUUAUGAUGAUGCAGCUCUGGAAUCAUGUAUUCAAA